GUUAGAUUUUCCUUUGUGAAAAAGGGAAGGAAAAGGAAAAGGAAAAGGAAAAGGAAAAGAAGACGCUCGUUCACGAUAAGCUAAUCCCUGCGGUUUCAACUGUCAUCUUAUUCGGCGACGACAACCGUCCUACGUGUAGUGGCCUGACAGCAGAUCCAUUGGCCGGAAUCCACCUGCUGUAAUCGACGAACAGGACGCCGGCAACGCCGCGCCGCUCGGAUGCGCCUCAGUGGCUCCCUGUUAUUGUUCUGUUUCCAGCGACAGCAGUGAACGCUGGCGGAGGUUUUGAUCUGCGUGACCCACAAGCUCCAGCAAGCCCUUCUCAACUAACCGGUGGCGUUCAAACGACGCUCCAGCACCGUGCCGCUCGCGCAGGUACCUCUCCCAGCAAACCAGCAGCCUCCAUUGACGGCGACUCCUUCCGGUAGUGGAAAUCCGCCACACCCACGGCUCGAUCGACUCUGGAUCUGAUUGCCCACUUCAUUCGGCGUUGAAUCUCUGAGUUCAAAGGGUGUUGCACACUCUCCAGCAAGAUUAAAGGCCUUUGAACGAGUUUCGUGGGUUCGGACUGUUUGAUUGGGGUCUAGAGGAAAUUUUGGAGGAAAGGACAGUUGGGUAACCUUCCUAAGCGCGUUUUAGGGACUUCCACGGACUCUACUCUUUAGAAUUAGGGAAUCAUGAUUGGAGUUGGGAAGAUCAAGCAAUAUUCUAAUGUCCUCGACAAACCUCUCAGCAAGGGCAAACAAGAGGUGAGUUUGAGUGCAUUUGCAUUCUUGUUCUCUGAACUUGUGCAAUACAAUCAGACUCAGGUUGACAAUAUUGCUGAGUUAGAACGAAGCUUGGUGGACAAGUUGAUUAGAGAUUUCUUCAGGAAAGGCAACAAGGAGGCAUGUGCUAUCAAUCUUGUUAAUUGGGAAACUACUUCACUUCUAUCAGGUUGGAGGAUGCAGGCUAUGCCGUCGGUGCUCGGGUAUUGGAACUUUUUUGUCAUCGAGAGAAGGGCAUCUGUUUGGGCUAGCGUUGACUGCCUCCAGUGGAAGUCCGGGAAACUCUUGGCGACGUCGAUCACAAGAGGGAGCUUUGGAAAUAGACGGGAGACACGAUUAUUAGGCAUUCUGUCAUUUGUACACAGCACAAUUUGGAAGGUUUUGUUUGGAAAGGUUGCUGACUCACUUGAGAAAGGCACUGAGCAUGAAGAUGAGUACAUGAUCAGUGAGAAGGAGCUGCUUGUGAAUAGAUUUAUUUCAAUUCCAAAAGACAUGGGAGCGUUUAACUGCGGGGCUUUUGUUGCUGGCAUAGUAAGAGGUGUUCUGGACAAUGCUGGGUUUCCCGCAGUUGUAACGGCGCAUUUUGUUCCAGUGGAGGGCCAACAGCGACCACGUACAACUAUUUUGAUUAAAUUUGCAGAAGAGGUAUUAGCAAGAGAAGCAAGAUUAGGUUGAUAUCGUCUGAAGUAAGCUUGGGUAAUGUUCGUAUGCUUUUAGCAUUAUGAUAAGCAUACAUAUCGGAGAAUGGAAAAUUUCUUCUUGGUCCUUGAACAAAUAGAGAUUUUUCACAUUAUAUCCCUGUUGUGAAGCUGUAAGGAAAUUUGUGCUCUUCAAUUAAUCUUUAUAAUUGAUGGCACCGAUUAUUUUGUUGUGAAACUAAAAGAUUUAGAAGUUGUCUAUAUGGGCCUCAAAUGGUUUAUCCAGCCCAAUGUGAACCUAACCAAAUUCAAAUCCUACCAAUUGCUUUUUCGUUAAUUCUGUCCAUCGUUGGACUUGUGUUAACUUCUUGUGUCUAAGCUAUAAGAUUUAGAUGCAAAUUAAUUGUUUGAAUUAUUUUUAUUAAGAAUUAUAGGUACAAAACUAUUGUCUA